AUGAGUAUCCGAAAGAGCGAGGGAGCGCUUGAGGGCGAGGAGAGGCCGGUGACGUUGGGUCUGCAGGUUGACGAGGUUGAUGCUACCCAGACACGCCCGGUCUCGAGCUAUUCAGCUCAGUGGGGCCGUCUCAAGCAAAGACGUAUUUUUGUCUCGGGGCAUCAAUUCGCUGGUUACACUCUUUUCUCUGUAUUGAACUCGUCGGGUAAUCCUCCUGUGGGCGAACUUUGGAAGGUCUACAAAGAUAACAACACCUACCAGGCCACUACCUGGGUUGGUGCGAGUGAUAUUGGUGAAGAUUGCUCGGAAGUUUGCGCCUGGGAUGGUCGCGCAAUUUACGCUACCAAAGGGAUACAGGCGCAUAUUGAUGGAGCACUGUACAAGGCCAAAGUGAUUGAUCAGGAUGCUCCGUUUGAUGUCAUCAAUGUGAUGAAUAUGGAUUACGGAGAGUGCCCUACCAUGUGUUCUGCCGAGGUCGUUGACAAGUGCGAGAGAGACGCUAUCGAUUACCUAACUAAGCAGCUCUAUGAUCUGGCCAAUGCCCGUGGCAAGCUACAGCAAUACGGCUGGAGCAGUCAGGAUGAUGUGUACCACUACGUGGGAAGCACUCCCAUGCUUGGUAUGAACGACAGCACAUGUCUGACGUAUACAUUGGAGGCGGCGAAGACGAACGUGGCUCACUGGCAGGAGAAGAAGAUUGGCAUGAUCUCGAAUUGGUCUGUUGCUCGGGACAAAGCGUGCCCCGGUCAAACUUAUGUUGGCGUCGACUGCUCCAAUCGCGAAGGCCAGACGUUGAUUGCCAGUUUCCCCAAGUAUUUGCCCCGUACCAGUGCCAUCUAG